UUUUCACUCUUCGAAGACUGAGAAGAUACCGGAAUCUCCUAUAAAGCCUCUGAAGGAUGCCCCCCCCUGUUUCUCCUUAGUCCUCUAGGCGUUUCGCUCGAGAUCGAGCAGUCGGCCGACCUUAACAAUGCGAUUCUGGAAUACUUUGGUUCCAAUCGCUCUACUUCCGAUUGUCAUGGCUGAGCUCCACUUUGGACUAGCUGCUUACUCAAGUAAAAAACCAUUCGGCCUUGCUUCGUCAUCCGGCCACGCUUCAUUGCAUUGGGUUAUCCUCCCAGCCCAGAAUGCUGGUUGCCUGGAGGCAAAUGAUCAGGUGGGCGGGUUCCCCACGACGAUCAUCCCCCUCGGUUCACCCCUGAGCGCUAUAAUUUGCGGUGUUUUCGUUACGAUUUCCUAUCGGCUUGACAGGUGGUUCGACGAUAAUGGAACAAGCGGAGAGUGCCACCAAGUUUAUUCAGGACCUUCAGGUGUCUGGUAUGCGCAUUUUGCGACAUGUGUCUCACCUUGGGCGGCAAUUUACUUCGAACUGCGCCGGUGCCCCUCAUACGUGUGCGAAGGUUGGGUUUGGGAUGGUGGAGUGACCAACUCUUCAAAAUAAGGGCUAUGUCGCGUAUGCUCAGUCUCGGAUCGGAGAAGUGUAUUAAUAUUGUAAAUAACUAGUUGAACUGCUUU